CCGCCGACAGCGCGGCCCCGCCCGCCCCACAAGGCACCGCGCCGCGGCCGGAAGUCGGGCAGCCGCCGGCGAGACGUGUCCGGAGGAGCCGCAGCCUCCGCGAUGAUCACCGACGUGCAGCUCGCCAUCUUCGCCAACAUGCUGGGCGUGUCGCUCUUCCUGCUCGUGGUGCUCUACCACUACGUGGCCGUCAACAACCCCAAGAAGCAGGAGUGAGGGGCCGCCCGCAGAGCCGAGCCCUGAGCGCCGCCUGCCAUGGCCAGGAGCAGAGCUGACAGCCGCGCUGGGCCCCGCAGCCUGCCCCCGCCUCACACCCUGCCCUAGCUUUGUACAGAGCAAACCCACUGGACACAAAUAAAUGGCUGGAACCUC